UGAGCUGCGUGGGAAAGGCGUUGAUUCCGAGUCUGGGAGCUCUGCUGACCAGGGUCACACAGGGAUGGAUCUUUGAGGCUUUCUCUUCUAGGAGCUUGAGUGCCAGCUCAGACUUGAGUUCAGGAUGUUUCGCCUUCGAUUUCUUCCUGUUGCAGCCGGGCUGUCUGCUGUUUCACGGCGUUACCAUGGGAUGGCACAUCACCCCAAGACCAGGCGUAGGCUCGUGGUGGUGGCUUUUGCAGGGACUGCUGCAGUGACAGCAAGUGCCAGAUUCUUUUGGCAGAGGGCUUAUGCAGAAGACUCGUCCUCAGUAAAACAUGAUCCAAGGACAGAGCCAAGCGAGAAGGAGGAGGAGGAGGAGGAGAGCAGCAGCAGUGACAGUAGGAAGGCUGUUGCAUCAGACGAUCAGGAGGUUCAGCCAGAAGGGAAGAAGAAGAAGCGUUCUGGGUUCAGGGACCGUAAGGUGAUGGAAUACGAGAACAGGAUCAGAGCCUACUCCACGCCAGACAAAAUCUUCAGAUACUUCGCUACCUUGAAAGUCAUAAAUGAGCAUGGGGAAUCGGAGGUUUUUAUGACACCACAGGAUUUUGUGAGAUCAAUAACACCUAAUGAAAAGCAACCAGAGAAUCUGGGUCUGGAUCAAUUUAUAGUGAAACGCUAUGAUGGGAAGAUACGGGUUAAAUUUUCAUCUAAAUUAUUAGCUGAGCUCAUCCCCACUCUGCAGUCACAUACAAUGAAAUUAUCCCAGGAGCGAGAGAAGUUUGCCGAUGAGGACAGCAUAUUUUAUGCACUUGGAGAAUGUGGACUCAUUUCUUUUUCUGACUACAUCUUUCUCACAACGGUCCUUUCCACUCCCCAGAGGAAUUUUGAAAUUGCCUUCAAGAUGUUUGAUCUGAAUGGUGAUGGCGAAGUGGACAUGGAAGAGUUUGAGCAGGUCCAGAGCAUCAUUCGCUCCCAAACCAGCAUGGGCAUGCGCCACAGAGACCGAUCUACAACAGGGAACACUCUGAAAACUGGCUUCAACUCUGCGCUGACAACGUACUUCUUCGGGGCAGAUCUGAAGGGGAAGCUGACCAUCUCCCACUUCCUCGACUUUCAGCGCAAGCUGCAGCACGAUAUUCUGAAGCUUGAGUUUGAGCGGCAUGACCCGGUGGAGGGGCGGAUCACGGAGCGGCAGUUCGGCAGCAUGUUGCUGGCCUACAGUGGGGUACAGUCCAAGAAGCUCACUGUGAUGCUGAAGCAGCUCAAGAAGCAUUUCCAAGAUGGGGAGGGGCUGACGUUUGAGGAGGUGGAGAGCUUCUUCACUUUUCUGAAGAACAUAAAUGAUGUGGACACAGCUUUGAGCUUCUACCACAUGGCUGGAGCUUCGCUUGAUAAAGUGACAAUGCAGCAAGUGGCCAAGACGGUGGCCAAGGUGGAGCUCUCAGACCAUGUCUGCGAUGUGGUGUUCGCACUCUUUGACUGUGACGGGAACGGCGAGCUGAGCAACAAGGAGUUUGUUGCCAUAAUGAAGCAGCGCCUUAUGAGAGGCUUGGAGAAGCCUAAGGACAUGGGCUUCACACGACUCAUGCGGGCGAUGUGGAAAUGUGCCCAGGAGACAGCAUGGGACUUCACCAUGCCCAAGCAGUAGUGGGAUCUGGGAGGAGUGCCCAGCUUCCCUGACUCAGCCCCACCACCACUACCUGUGGGCAAGCCCAGACUGUUCAUAACAGGAGAAUUUUGUAAAUCAUUGUUAGAAAUCGAAGCCUGUUGUAUUUGCAGCUUCUGCUUGCCGCUGGCUCUUUAAUAUUCCUCUCUCAGGAAAAACGAAAGGACUUUUCAUACUGCCUCCUUGGCUUUGUGAUGCACCCUGCCUGCGGAGCUGGGCAUUGAGCAAGCUGGUGCACCUGCACCUGCAUCACUUUAAUUUAAUGUUAUUACAACAUGGCAUGGGGUUUAUUUUAAUUCUUGGGAGCAUUCUAAGAAAGAAUCCAUAGGAUUCCUCAAUAGAUCAUACCAUGGGACCUAGGAGCAGGGACUGGAACAGGCAGGUGCUGAGAGCACCCCAGCUUUUGGCCAGCAAAUUGCUCUGUGCUCUCCAGGACUGUCGUGGGGUGGAGGGGACAGGAGUGCCCACAGAGCCCAGGGGCUGCUGCUGCUGUAGGAGCAGUUCAAGGCAGUGGAGUCCUGCCUUGUAGAAGGUCUCUAAUUUUAUAUGGAGUGCCCUCUCUUGGGAAUUGCCGUUCUGUAACGGGAGUAGGCUGAAAGGUGUUAUUUGCGGAGUGCUGUAAAGUAUCAUGCAAAGAUGUUGCUCCCAACAUGGCUCAAGGCUCGUCUCUUUGGAUGGUGUCAGGUCUUGCCUUAAGGUCAGCCAUGGGAAGUGGGGCAUUUUGGAAAGGGAACAAACACCGUGGUGCCUUUCUAGAGCCGGAA